AUGGCGGCUCCUACGACAUCUUUACACGAAGAACUGUUGUCCCGAUCGAUUUCCUCCACUGCUGGAGAAUCAUUCCUGUACGCGUUCAUUGUAUCUGUAGGCACUGUUGGUAACUUUGCAGUUCUUCUGGUCUUGUACAAAAAUCAUCGUCUCCGGAACAUUCCCGCGUGUUUUGUUGUUUCCUUGGCGAUAUCUGAUAUCAUAAUGUUGGAUUUGUGCGCGCCAUUUUCAAUAGCAGUACUUAUGACUGGCGACUGGUUAUUUGGAGACCUACUCUGCCAGAUUCAAGGUUUCAUCGUCAUGUUGGUCGCCUGUGCUUCGUUAGGAACACUUGCUCUGGUUGCGAUAAACAGGUAAGAGGAUAAAUUCAGUUUUAAUCGAAUGAAUUCAAUUUUGAUAAAUGAAGUAGAGAUUUGGAAAGAAAGAUCUGUUUUGAUGAAGAGUGCCAACCUUUGUUUUCAAUAUUUGUUUUACUUUUUUUAUCUUAGCUCUAGUGAAUAUUUUUUCCAGGCGUAUUUUGGCAUUCGUUUAUCAACGGCUCGCAAGCGCCAUUCGCUGAUAGAAUGGGUCAGGGGAAUUGUAAUUGCGCUACAUGUAUUGUAAUGACGAGGACGAGAAACGGUGUUGUAAAGCAAAGCUACAAUCAGGGUAAAUUCAAGUUUUCCCCCUUGAGCAAGAGGAAACAUUAUUUAAAAUUACUUAUUAGACAAAAGACCGAACCUAAAAUUUAAUGUUAGUUUCCGCACCACAAUCGAUGGCCAAUCAGACUCGUGCAGCUCAGUUCCUUGUAGAUCAUAUAAACCUAGAUUAUCAUUCGGCUUAAUUUUGUAAGUAUCAACGCUCUAUAAGGUCAACUUAACCCGUCGCCUCACUAUUCCCUUUUUGUUCACCGUUGUCUUCUGCGUCCCCCUCUUUUAUUACACAGAAGCAAAAUAAUUUGUUUCCUCUCAGUUUAUUGAACGAAACUAGAAACAAAAUAUAGCGCAAGGUAGGAUCUGCAAAUCGUUUUCAGGAAAAACUCUUAUUAAGCUGUGCCGAUGCAGGGUUAAAAAAGAAGAAAAAAAUGAAUGUCGUUAACAAUGAUGGUCCUUGUGCUGUGUGGCAUUGACAAUAGUCCUUCCCGCUGUUAGGAUCAGUUGAGUCAAAGUGUCGUGUGUGCGAAUGGAUGAAAAAAAAAAUUCAAUUUGCUACUUCCAAGGUUGUUAAAUGGAAAAGGGAAACCUUCCAUGCACGAUUCUUUUAUUACUGGUUUCCUUUGUAAACACUUUAUUGGCAAAUACAAUGUCAUUACAUUUAUUCGGAACACCCUGACUUGACAGUUGGAUUCACCCCAAUUAUUACUUUUUCCUCUUUCAAGAAGACAUUUUUUAAACAAAAAAUGGCGUUAUCUUUAAAGUGAGGUUAUUUAAACCACGGAAGUCCUAUUCACAGAGUUGCAAUUCGCUUUAUUCUAAUAUUUUGAUUCUGAUCCAUUUUUUUCUUUUCGGUGUACCAAACCGGGAAAAUUAUUAUUUCCACUUGUUUCCCCAAGUCAAGAUAAAAAUAAAUAAAUAAAAAAACUUUGGAACAACAUGCGACACGCAUAAAUUUCUGGCGAAUUAUUAAUCGUUGCAUUCUCAUUUCAUCCGUACUUUUUUAGUGUCAUGAUGAUGAUCUAUGGUAAAAUGUUGGAAGAUUCAAUUCCAUUUGAGUAUUUUUUCUCCGUUGUCAAAGAAAUGCAAUAAUAAAAUUCAUUAGAUGAAUAAAUUUUUUUUUUGGAACCAAAAAGUAAAUACCUCAAAUUGGUGUCAGGCUACCAGCCUAAUUGAAUUGUUACUUGUAAGUUAAGCGAAUUGUAUGAGCAGAAUUUGAACAAUUUGCUCUAACUUUAAGAUGCCGCUUUUUUUCUUAAGGAGUUUUUCGGUCACAUUUGAUUUGACUUGCAUGAGUUGUUUAUGCUGAAAUUAGGUGGAAAAACCGACCGUCUUAAAAUUGACUAAAAUGUAUAACAACUCACAAAUCUGACGGAAAAAUCGGUAGCGUAGAUACUGUGGUUCUUCUUAAAUAUUUUAGGGACACUUAAUCGAACUCAUCAAAAAAAGCUUUCAUUGCAAGUCACGUUUAACUGAAAAUAGUUUUGCAUCUAGUCGGGGUGGACAGUGCAAAACAAGUCCCUAAAUCAAUAGGAAUUCUGAGAGAAAAUUACUCCAAAGAAUUUCCUUUUAUUCCUUGCGUUGAAAGGCGCAGAGCCGAUGAAAGAGCGGGAAAGCACGAGCACUGGGUUCUAUUGGUUGGAAAGAAGGCACCGGCCUGCGUUUGCUAAGCUAAAUUAUCAUGUAACUCCUUGAAAUUCAAUCUAUGGUUCCUCCUCCAGUUUAGAGACGAAACCAGAGAUUUCUUGUCAACUCCUUUCCUUGACUCGAGCAGUUUACAUUGCGCCUAAUAUCAGGGAGUCGACGGAAUUAAAAUUUUUAAUGUCUGCUGAUUUUUGGAGGAUGCUAUAUACCACCAGAAAUACACAAUGUCCAAUAAGUAUUACAAUUUAGAAUUGCACUAUAUUCAUCUGGAUAGAAAUAACAUGAAUGACUAAACCUCUACCACACUUGAUUAGAAGUGAUUUGCCGAAACAGAUUCAUAGUUACUGACACCAUUUUCCAAAAAGGGUUCAUCUACUGAUACCUUUUGGUUUUGUUUCUCAGAUAUUUUCACAUUGUCAAAACCUCACAGUACAGAGUUAUCUUCACUCCAAGGAACGCAGUCCUCAUCAUACUCGGUGGAUGGGCAUCUGCCUUUAUCACACCUUUGACUUACACUGCGGCUGGUAAAGAUUACGUAUUCCAACCUGGAAAGUUCUUUUGUUUCAUGGAAUCGAAGUUCACUUUGCUCGUGCUACCCUUUUACGGUUUUAUUGCCAUCUCAAUGUUAAUUCUCAUCGUAUGCUACCUGAGUGUGUUCAAAGCGUUGAAAGCCCAUGAGAAAAACGUUGCAAACAAUCUUCGGAAAGGAAACACCCGCCAAAUAGUAAUUUCGUUGGAAGAUAUCAGGGUCACCAAGAUUUUAUUUGCUACUGUGGUAGGCUUCGUCCUGUGCUGGACACCAGUACUGGUGAUUGACAUUGUCGAUGCAUUUCUUGGGCCGGAAUGGGAGCUAACCCGUGGAACCUAUUACAUGUAUACCAUAUUUGGUAUUACAAGUUCCGCCAUUAACCCUAUAAUUUAUGGAGUCAUGAAUCCUUCCUACAGGAAAGCUUAUUGCCGGUUAUUCGGAUGCCGCCGAGUAGGUCGCGUCGGAGAUGUGCCAACUACCCAGGGACCGGAGCUGACGAAACAUGAAUUGAUCCCGCCAGCAAACGACGAUUCGUCAAAGACUUAUUCACAGCAGAUCCCACGGUCUGUUCACCAGGUUCCUUCUUCUGAUCAAGAGUGA